CCUCCUCUUCUCAUCUCCUUCUCUUUGCCAAGGAAAUGCAUGCGCGCAGGCUUGAUUGCUUGGAUUCUCAACAGUCUCCGUUGCUAGCUGAAGCUUAUGAGAGUAGUUGCGUGGAUCCACUCACCCACAUCGUUUUUUUUGCGUUGUUUCUAAACGUCAUUGGGUCACAUUUGGGUGCCUGUUUAGUUGAGGAGAGAGAGCUUGUCAACUGGGGGUGUGGGGGGAGGGCUGGAUUCAGCACUAGAAGGAGGGCUUCGGUGGAAUGAAGGAUGGAUCCCAUGGGAGGAAUCGAGAGGCUGAUCAAGGCCGCCAAGUCUUCCGGAUCGCUCAACCUUUCCAAUCGUGGUCUCGCAGAGGUUCCUCCCCGAGUGUACAAUUUGCUGAAUGAAGGUGGAUCCGAAGAAAAGUGGUGGGAGGUGGUAGAGAUUCACAAGCUGGACAUAUCCCACAACAGUAUAGCAGCCAUAUCUGAUCGAUUGGGGGACAUUGGUUCUCUCACUUUUCUGAAUCUGAGUCAUAACCAGCUAUCAUUUCUCCCUCCAGCCAUCGGCAAUCUCUCACUGCUGAAGAUUCUUGAUAUUUCUGGGAAUUCUGUUGUUGAGCUGCCUUCCGAGCUAGGGUUUCUGACCGCUCUAGUCAGACUGAAUUGUGCAAGCAACUCCUUAUCAAAGCUUUCCAGUAGCCUUGGCAAUUGCACCGAGUUGGUUGAUCUCAAGGCUCACAACAAUUUGCUGGUGACACUUCCGGAGGAACUAGGGAACUGCUCAAAACUUUCCACGCUCAAUAUUGAGAGCAAUCGCCUCAGUGAGCUAUCUGAGAGCUUAUUCAGCGCCCUCUCAGGUUUAACUGAAUUAAUUGCAGGAAGAAAUUCACUUACAGCGUUGCCUAAUUCCUUGGGAAGACUUUCUAAGCUUAUUCGCCUUGAUCUUCAUCAGAACCGCCUCACUUACCUUCCACCAACAAUUGCUGGCUGUGUAGCCUUAAUGGAGCUUUAUCUGGGAGACAAUUUACUAAAGGUAGUUCCUGAUGAGAUUGGGUCUCUUAAGAGCUUGAGCAAUCUUGAUCUUCACUCGAACCAGCUGACAGAGUUCUCGGCAAAGGCUUGCUUAUUACGGUUGUCACUCCUGGAUUUAUCGAACAACAACUUGUCUGGUUUGCCAGCUGAGCUUGGUGCUAUGACUUCUCUACGUAAGCUACUGCUGGUUGGAAAUCCAAUGCGGUCUCUUCGAAGCACACUUGUCAUGGGGCCAACUCCAGCUUUGCUCAAGUACCUUCAAUCUCGAAUCCCCCAAACAGAAGCUGAAGCAGAAGCUGAUGAGCAGGCCCCAGCUACAGGAAAUGUAUUUGGCACCAUAGGGCUAUCUGACCAAAUCGUUCAUGCAUCUCGUCAGGCCACGGCUUCAAAGGUUCUGUCUUUGCCAAAGAAAAAUCUUUCAGAGAUUCCCCCCGCAGCAUGGGAAGGAGCUGAUAUUACAACUCUUGAUCUAUCUCAUAAUCAGAUCAAAGUAUUGCCAACAGAGCUUGCCAUGUGCUCAGCAUUGGAGGUUUUGAUGCUAUCAAACAACAAGUUCUCAGAGUGGCCAGGUGCAGUACUAGGUUCUAUACCGAACCUCCAUGAGCUGCUCCUUGCUUACAACCCCUUUCGUGAGUUUCCUCAAGGUGCCUUUGUCGCUGUAGCGAAGCUUACUGUGCUAGAUUUGAGUGGAGUUCCAGCCCGCUUGCCUCCUCCUCCAGCAUUAGCAGAGAUGCCGAACUUGCAAGAACUUCGUUUGAAGCGAGCGCAGCUCCAGGACUUCCGAGAGGAUUUGAAAUCCUUGCAGAAAUUACGCAUCCUGGAUGUCAGCCAGAACUUCAUUAGUGUCAUUCCUGAGUGGGUCACUUGCUUGGCUCGCCUGGAGACUCUCGACAUCUCUGACAACAACAUCUCGCAACUUCCACCAAAAUUGGGAUUACUUGAGCCUACCUUGAAGCAUUUGAAGGUUGAUGGGAACCCAUUGCGAAGUAUAAGGCGACCAAUUUUGGAGAAGGGAACAAAAACAUUGCUUCAAUAUUUGCAAGACAGGAUUCCUGCUGGGGCUAGGUGAUUGCUCCGAUAAGCGGGAUUCGAAUGACUGAUUAAUCCGACGGUUUCGAUGGAGUGCAAUACAUAUAUCAAACUAGCCAAGUUCUCUGCCUCAUACACAAACCAAGUCGAGUGUUGCUAUCUCCAGUCCUCUAGGUUUUGAAAGUGCUCGUUUUAUGAGCGUACAAACCUGCACGCUCACACACAAGACCUGUACGCUCGUUUUGUGAGCGUUCAGGUUUUUCUAUAGCUACAAUUAGACCAAGACUGAACCCUCUGAUUCUCAAACAGGUUUUAGUGAGGUAAUUUAUUAUAAAGGCAAGUUAAGGUCAAUUAUCCCGUUUCUCAAUGACAAAUGUCAUUGCCAAGAUACAUGAAAGUGUUCCGAAUUCCUGAUUAUUUGUAAAAUGGAUUCUCAUAGCAUUUUUACGCCA